GCCCACAGCCAGAGCCAGUGAACAGAGCUGCAGUGUCUGCAGGCUGCUGCUUCCCUCCCACUCCAUUUACAGCCCUGCUAAACAAAAAAGGGAUUGGCCUUGGGACCACAAGCUGGGAGCCAGUGGAGCUGGGUCUGCCAGGGGCACUGCUGGUCCCACUUUUCUAUGUGCCUUUCUGAAUCUCUCUGUCCUCAAGAUGUCUCACCACAUGAACAGCUCCAUGCCAACAUCGCCUCCUUCUGAGCAUCACCACCCCACCACGGCCUCGGGACACGGGCACGGGUCGGACAUGAUGAUGAUGGCCAUGACUUUCCACUUCAGCUAUCAGAAUGUGCCAUUGCUGUUCUCUGGACUUACAAUCAAUUCUCCUGGAGAAAUGGCUGGUGCUUUUGUGGCUGUCUUCUUCCUGGCCAUGUUUUACGAAGGCCUGAAGAUUGCCCGGGAGUGUCUGCUGCGGAAAUCCCAAGUCAGCAUCCGCUAUAACUCCAUGCCCGUGCCCGGCCCCAACGGCACCAUCCUGAUGGAGACACACAAAACCGUGGGCCAGCAGAUGCUGAGCUUGCCCCACCUGCUGCAGACUGUGCUGCACAUGAUCCAGGUGGUGGUCAGCUACUUCCUCAUGCUCAUCUUCAUGACCUACAACGGGUACCUGUGCAUCGCCGUGGCCGCCGGGGCAGGCACCGGAUACUUCUUCUUCAGCUGGAAAAAGGCAGUGGUGGUGGAUAUCACAGAGCACUGCCACUAACACUGGGUGUGCCUCUCCACCCCAUCCCUGCAACAGCAGCCACCCGAGGACUGGAGCAUUCCUAAGCUGCCAAGAGAAUCAUGAUAAAAAAAAACCAACUGGAGUUCACCAUGGGUUCCUGGAGGGGUGCAGGGAUGUGAGGAGCUGGGACAAGCUGCUCCCCUUGACUCUUGAGAGUCCACAGCAGCCAUUCUUGGCCAGGAUUUGCUUCAUUCUUAGAUUAUGCUGUGAUUGAAAUUAGUUGGCUGACAGAACUAUAGAAAUUAUUAUUCUAAAAAGAAAACAAAACUGUUUUAUUUUUAAAUUCUAAAUGCUCGUCAGUGAGGGUUUAAUGAAUGUGAGGAAAAGAUCAAAGUUGCCAAUAAUCUGUGAAUGGCUGUUUUAAUUUUGAUUUUGUUUCAAUGUGUACAUAAUGCCAGGGGACGAGAUUGCCCUGGCAUUGUGGCUUUUGGGGCCAAUGACACCUUUUGCUGUAGGACUCAGCCUCUGAGAAAGAUUUGGUGCUGCACAUCAGAUAUGCACAGGUGUGUCCUGGCAAGGGAGGACUUUGACCCAAGGAUGUGACUUGUGUGCUUCAGGGCUUGGAUGAACCUGCCCUCUAAGCCCACCAGAGGAUGAUGAGUCUUGUCAGUCUGAUGUAUCCAGCAGCUUUACUCAGCCCCCAGGGAGAACACUUGAGUUUGGCUGCUUUCCCUUCCCAAUUAUGGAUCAGAUGCAGGAUAAUAGUUCUGUAUUUGCAGGGCAAAAAGAUUCCAAAUAAACCAUUGAUCCCACAGGUACUUCAUGUGGAACUGCACCUGGAUGGAAAUAGAGCUGAGCUUUGGGUUACUAGAACUGGUUCUGUAAAUGAGGCAAGAGCUAAAUAAUGAUUUUGUGACACUAAAGUUAAAAUGGCUGGAGGGUAUUUCUGGAUGGAGGUGAAGGGGCGAAAACAGCCACGUUCCUGUGAAGGAGAGAUUUGGGGAAGAGGAGUAGGAAAAUACAGGAUUACAGCAGCCUUCAGUGUCUCCUCAGGUGAAAUUUGGAGCGGCCUGGGUUAAUCAAAAAGUACUCCUGACCCAGAUGACUCCUCUUUGUCUUGAUAACCACAGUGUGCCCGUGCUGGAGGUGCAGGUUCUCCUCCUGGAGUGCAGUGGGGGCAGGUGCUGUGGUGCAGUGCAGAACAGUCAGUGCUGUGGGCUCUGCUCAGUGCCCAGGCAGGACAGGCUGUGAGGGGGCAGAACCACCUUGGGCUUGGGGAGCAGCUCUGGCUUAGCACCUGGAGGUUAAAAAAGUUGUGCAGAGUGUGGUGCAAAGCUGGAGUCCUACCUCUACCCAGCUUGCCCAGUUUGUGCCUGUAACUGGCUGGAAGAGAAGACAGUGGGAAUUUGGGAAAGGCACUGACAACAGCCCCCACUUUCAGACUGGGACUGGCUUCUGGAGAUGCCAUGAGAACAGAGAAUCCUGCUGGGAUAAAGGCUCUGGGCACACACAGGAAGGUUUUUUCCCCUGAAGAUGCUGCUGGUGACUGCUGUCAGUAGCUGUGUGAGCAGAGCAAAUCUUUGGAAUGAGAUUUUUUAGCCCCUGAGCCUUAGAGGGUGAGGCCAUCCCCGUGUACCUGGGUGCUCCGUGGUGCUGGUGCUGCUGUGCACAGAGCAACCCUCCCACCCUCUGUAAGGAAAUCCAGUGCUGCUGCUGCCAGGGCUUGAAUUGCACCUCCCAAAGUCAGCCCUCUUGGGCUGAUGCCAACUUUUUCUUUGGACAUCUUGUUUUCUCUGGAUAGUGCAACUAGAGAAUAAAAUGAGCUGAGUUAAAAGCAGGCUUAGGUUCCUAAAUAGCUGCUUUCUGUAGCAAAUUCACAUCUGGGUGAAAGAGGCAAAGUUAUGUUCAUGGAAAAGUUCUAGCCACCUCCUGCUGAGAGACAGGCAAAGUGCUUCCUUCCCCAGUCUGAUCUUUGCAGGGAGUUGUGUCUGUGACAGAACUGGUGCCCUCUGUGCACCUGUCACAAAGGUAAAACUCUCCUGUGCCCUCCAGACAAUCCUGGGAGGGGAAACCUGACCCUCCCCGUACAUGGAGAGCUGGGAGGAAUGUUAAUGUUGGACAGAGAAAAUGGACAAUCCCUUCCCACUCCUGCUGGAACUGGGAGGAAAUCCAAGUGUUUGUCAGAGAAAACUGGAGGUGGUGGUUGGUGUUGAGGGAGGUUUGCACUGCAGGGCUUGACCCUGGAGGAGCUCAGGGUGACAUUGCCACUGCUGCCAUUGGUUUUUCUGGAAGGGGCUGGAGUUGUUGCCAACACAAUCACAGGCUGGAGUGAGCAGUGGCUGUGUGGUGACACUGGUCACCUCAAAUACCUCUUGCUGUGUCUCUCUUUGAAACAGAAGCUCCUUGGCCUGAUCUUGCUGUCAACUUUUAACCACUUUUCUGCGUAUCCAAGUGACCAGGCUUGAAUUCUCUGAGGGAUGACUUGGAGAUCAGGCUGUGGCUCAUGGAGUGUCAAUCUGGUUCUUGUUAAGCUUUUCUGCCUCGUUCUGCUUGUAAUCUGUGCUCCUGGAAUUGUUUCCCCCCUGAUGAGCUUCCCAGGCUCAUCCCCUGCCCAUGCUGUCCCAGAGAGGACACACAGCUUUCUGCAGCGUGCUCAGGGAGGGGACA